AUGCGGUCGCAGUCACAAGUGGAAGCCGCCUGCCUUCGGCCUGACGGUUCCCUCUUUAAUGUCCCGAUUCCUUUGCGGAGCCUGGUGGUGAAAGGCACCAGUGGCAUAGCGGAGUGCGGCGAACGCUUAGCUCAGCAGCUGAGCUUCGGUCACUUCGGAGUACCAGGGGAUGUGAUGCCGCCAGGCGUGCGCUUGAGUGAGGUGCCUGGCGUCAGCGUCAUGGUUUUGCAGCUGCGGAGUCCAGACAGGGGGUUUCUCUUGGCCGUGCGACCGAGCAAGAGCCUACCUCCUUUCCCGGAGAACACUGUUGCAAACCGAAUGCUCUACAACCAGCAACUGCGUGUUUUCGGCUGUGCAGUCUUCACGCGCCACAACUAUGACGCCCAGAGUGCGGCAAACAGCUAUAUUCCAAUUGCUGUCACGGAAGCGAAGGCUUUGAUUCAAGCGCUGCCUGGUAGUGUGGCGCUCGUCGCAGAAGCCCAACGGCUUGCAGCAGCUCGGAAGGCAGAGCGGGAGCUUGUGCAUGAGUUCACUGCCCAGCCACUCGCAGUCUCGGCCGCCUCUGCCGCUGCUGACUCUGGCCGAACCUUCAGCAUGCGCUCGUUCGGCACUAGCCAGACAUCGAGAGCUGCCGGACCUACUAUCCAGGCAUCGAGUUCGAGUUCUGGUGCGCCGAUGGCAAAAAGCACCCCAUGCAGUCCCCCGACUCCCUCGCAGCCAGCCGCGAAAGCUCCGCAGCAGCAGCGAGGAACUUGGGGACCCACCACGCACCUCGACAGGAGUCAACGGAGUGGGAUCUCACCUCCGUGGAAGACAACCCAACCAAGUGCCCAGACCCGAGCAGCUUACCCGGCUUGUCCGAUCCCUGCCGAUCCUUGCCCCAUCUGUGUAAACACUUACCAGAUGACGCAUCACAUCAAGCAAAAAGCCAUGUGUUGCAAACAGCGUGUGUGCUCAGAGUGCAGCACAGAGAUCUUGAAGCGAGCCGGCUUUGGCGGUCGGUCGCCUUGUCCCUUCUGCCGUCAUGUUCCCCUAGAAGUGCAGAAUGCAACCUCAGACACCGAGGAUGCACAAGAGGUGGAAGAAGCGCGGCAAGCACGAUUGGCUGAAGAUCGCCAGCUCGCUGAAGUGUUACAAGACAUUGAGGACGAAGGCAUGGCAUCAUUCGCCAAUCGGCUUGCUCGCCAGAACCCUCCGAGCGAGCCUUCAGGAAGGACGUGGUUGGGCGUGGCCCAAGAAGGCAAAGUUAAAGCUUUGGAGGCCGAAGUUGCCCAGCUGCGAAGGAGUCAUGGCCUAGGCGGCGGAACCUUCAAGACAGUGCUUUGCCGUUAUCACCAAAUCGGCCGAUGCUCCAAGGGCUCCGCUUGCACAUACGCCCAUGGCGAGGGUGACUUGCAGAAGCCGCACGCAGCCUACACAGCGCCCAGCAGCAGUUCGGCACCCGUCCGAAGAGAGCCGGCCAAUUACAAGACUGUUCUUUGCGAGUUCUUUGAGCGAGGCUCUUGCAGGUAUGGCUCUCAGUGCACAUUCGCGCAUGGCGCCGGCGACUUGCGGGCAACUGCAACUGGGCAAAGCCGAGGAGCAAGCAGUGCAGUCAAAAAUUGGCUUGCAGCACGUAGCCUGUGUUGUCAGGCAGGGCUCGGCACCCGCGUAGCACAAACCAUGGAGGGGCAGACCGAGAUAGCUUCUUGGCGUCAACGCUUACAAGAUGCCAAGUUCAGAAGGCAACCAUUUUCUUUCCCUCCAACACUCAGUGCUGCUGAUCGGAAGGUGCUCCAUGUGCUUUGUGAUGAGCUCGGCAUCCGACAUGAGUCACGAGGUGACGGAGCCAACCGUUGCGUUCAUGUCUUCUUCGAUGCAGUCUCAGACGUAGGAGGGCCCGAUGAGGAGGAGCACAUGGACUUCAGUUACGAUGAAAGGGAGUACAGCGAGCAUGAGGUGUAUGACGACUUUUACGAUCACUUCGACUUAGGCAUGAUCCCGUUUGCCAGUGCAGAUAUGUCUUGGGGCUUAGACGUGAAGUUGCCCUCACAGACCCGCUCAGCAGUAGACAGUCAGCGCGAGCUUGCAGGCUCGGAGGGGCAUCUACUCGUAUCUGUCCUGCUUUUCCCCAGCAUGCCGAUGUGCCCCUGCGUUGGCGACAUAGCCUCGCUACUUGCCACCGCUUCAAUGCGGGCUGCGGACGAGCGGGAGAUUGGGAUGCGGAGAAGUCCGUCAGACCAGGAGGCGCUUUCAACUUCUGAAGCGCUCAUGUCUCCGGCGACACCUGACCGGGUGGACUACGAGGCCGAAGAUGCGGUGACGAUUGACUACUCUCACGGCUGGCGCACUGUGCUUGCUCAAGCUGCUCCCGCGAUGGUGCGAGGUGGCCCGGUGGUGGUGAAGGACGCCCAGAACCACCAGUACGAUCUUGUUUGGGAUUCCGACAACAGCCACUUCCGGCUGCUCUGUGAGCCUGGGCCGAGGUCGUUUCCCCUUCAAAUCCAGCGGCGGAAGGCUGGCUGGCAUGAUCAUUGGCAUCUUGGAGGGGCUCUUGCCAGUGAGGUUGUGGAGGGCAUGCGGGAAAUGUUGGCGACGAAGCAGAAGCUCCCGCGCAGCGUUGGGAAUAAGAGGAGGGUGGACAAGUUCGUCCGAGCAAAGCUCUACGAGUUUUAUCAGCAUGAGAUGAUGCUCUUAAGGCGAGGGUUGCAGGAAGGAAGCAGUCCUCAGCCCUCCAGGAUACUGGGGGAGGGGGGACCUUCACAGCUAGCUGCGAGUGCGGAAGCCGUCAGAAUUGCAAUGGCCUAUGUCGAGUGCGAGUAUUUCGGUCUCUGCUUGCUGCUUGAGGCAGACUGGCUGCACGCACAUGCGAGCAAUGAAGGAAUUGCUUUUCCAGGGAGAUGGACAGCAGAUUUUGUCGCUGAGUGGGACGCGCGCCUCCUGUGCCUCGGAUGGCAUGGACAGGAUGAGAUGCACGCAAGACUUCUCGACCUGGGGCACAGGCUCUUUGUAGUCGGCAAUGCGCAGAGCAUCGAGCGAGAUGUCAUUGAGGUGGUGAAGGACAAGCUGUGUGAUCUAAUGGAGAGCCACCCGCGGGUCUUCGAGAUCAUAGGCUGCCGCUUCCCAGAGGAGUUCCACUACCUCCUUGCCUUUGCGCACAGAUGCUCCGUCGCAGUGACCCUGCUCUUUGCUGAGAGCCAAGAUCGCAGAGGCCUGCUGGAGAAGAUGAGCUACAAGAGCAUUUUUGCUGGGGCGGCGAUGUUCUCUGUUCUUUCCAGGGUCUUCCCACCCUAG